AUGGUAUCUUUAUAUAAUAUGGACUCGAAUUCCGAGUUACCAUUUAAUACAUCUCAUUAUCCACAUCAUCAUUUACCUUAUCAUCAUCAUGGAAAUAUUUAUGAUCCAUCAAUACAACCUCCAUCAACUACACAACCAUCAUUACCACCACCACCACCAUCAACUAAUUGGAUGAUGAAUCCACAUCAUUCACAUACACAUUUAAUGAUGCAACAUCAUUUACAAAUUCCUCCAUCACAAUAUACAAAUGGUAUUAAUGGACCUAAUUCAAAUUCAUCAAAAGAUGAUCCAUCAUCUCCAUUAUCAUCAUCACCUGGUGGUACAACACCACCAACAUCAUCAUCAGCAUUAACACCAAAUUCUAUAUCAACAAAUCAUCAUCAUCAUCAACAUCAACAUCAUCAUAAUUCAUCAUCAUCAUCAUCAAAAAAAACUCUUGAUGAUCGUGUUAAACGACCAAUGAAUGCAUUUAUGGUAUGGUCACGUGGACAACGACGUAAAAUGGCACAAGAAAAUCCUAAAAUGCAUAAUUCUGAAAUAAGUAAAUGUUUAGGUGCUGAAUGGAAAAAUUUAAAUGAAGAUGAUAAACGACCAUUUAUUGAUGAAGCUAAACGUUUACGUGCAAUUCAUAUGAAAGAACAUCCUGAUUAUAAAUAUCGACCAAGACGUAAAACAAAAAAUUUACAAACAACAACAUCAACAUCAUUAUCAAAUAAUCAUAAUUCAACAACAAUGAUGAAUAAUCAUCAUUCACAUCAAAAAAAAGAUAAAUCAAAUCAUCUUCAUCAUCAUCAACAACAACAACAACAACAACAACAACACCAACAACAUCAUUUAAAUUCUUCAACAUCAAAUCUUUCAUCAGUACAAUCAUUACCACCACGUGGUACAAGUUGGGGAUUACCAACAAAUGUUGUUGCAUCAACAUCAUCAUCAUCACCAUAUUUAACUGAUUGUAAUUCAUCAUAUUCAAUGACAGAUCCAAAUACACUUUAUACACAUCCAUUUCCACCUCCACCACCUAUGUAUCAUUAUGGUCCACCAUCAAGUACAAGUCCUCAAACACCUCCACCACCUGUUCAAUAUGGUUAUAGUGGUAAUCAUCCAUAUUCUUAUAUGAAACCUGAACCUAUAUCAUCUCAGCAACAUUUUUAUCCUCCAUUAGCACCAAUAUCACAUCAAGAUUAUUCUCCACCAGAUCCAUCAUCACCUGAACAGCAUAUGUAA